GCGGCGCCGCGGGGCCCGGCCGGGUGACGCGGGGGCACACGCGUGUGCACAUGUGACACGCGCGGGGAAAGGGGGUGCGUGGCCCUUUAAAGGGCGCGGCCGCGCUUCCUGCCCGCCGCCAGGGGGCGCCCGGUGCCGCAGGGGAAGUUCCGCCCCUUCCCCGGGGGCCGCGGGUUCGAGUCCCGGCCCCGCCGCUUCCGCCUCCGGGGCCGGGCCGGGGUCGCGGCGCUGCCAUGUCCUGCCACUUCCAGAAGCUUUUUGGGACCGAUGGGGAGCUGGAGGACGAGGAUUUCCUCUCCGCUGUGGAGGAUGCAGAGAACCAGUUUGUGACCCUCGGGCAUUCCUCAGCCAGCGUCGUCCCGGUUCCUCCCAGUGAACCCCAUCCCAGUAAAGCCCAUCCCAGUAAAGCCCAUCCCAGUAAAGCCCCCACCCUCCGGCCCCUCGCCGGGCAGGGCGAGCAUCCCGUGGGGUUCCAGGGCCCCCCAUCGCGGGGUGCAGCCCCCCAGGAUGAGCUGGACAAUGACCUUUUCCUGGCUGCCUGCAGGGAGCUGGAGGGUCCCGAGGUGCCUGUGGGGGCUGGCACUGCCCCAGCGCCCCCCAGGCGCUGCGAGAAGCCGCCAUGGAAAUGCCCAGGGAAGGAGAACGCUCAGGAAUGUGGGGUCCCCAAAAAGCUCAGGGUGGGAGAGGAGCUGGUGCCCGGCUCCGGGGGGCUGCAGGACAGGCAGGGCCCCCUCCCCAGUCCCAAACUGGUGCUGCGGCCCAGCACGGCCGGUGCCUGCGCCCCCAGACCCCCCCCUUCCAUGGGAGAGCCGGGAAGCUCCGGAGGCUCCAUCCCUGCUCCGGGGGCUCCGUGCCUGAGGCCUGUCCAAGCACCCCUAGCAAGGAGCAGCUCCUCGGUGCCCUGGACCCCCCCAGCACAGAGCUGCCCCCAGCCCCGGCUGCCCCCCAGACCCCCCUCGGGCCCCCCCAGCUUCCUGAACCCCCCAGUGGCUCCCAACGCUCCCGGCCCCCCCAGCGCCCCCGUGGUCACCAACCACCUGGUGCAGCUGGUGACAGCGGCCAGCAAAGCCCCCCGGGGACCCCCCCGAGCCCCCGGGCGCAGGGAGAGCCGGCGCUUCCCAGGGCCUGCCGGGAUCCUGCCCCAGCAGCACUCUGGGAAGCUGCUGGAGGAGAUCCUGGUGUCUGCUCCCCAGACUCCUGCUCACGGGGCCGUGGCGAAGCCGCGGGCUCAGGCACUGCCCAGCUCCCCGCUGCCCACUGAGGAGGAUUUCGGGAAGGGGCCCUGGCUGGCCAUGAAAACGGAGCUGGGGCUGGAUGAGAGGGACCCCAGCUGCUUCCUCCACACCUACAGUGUGGUCAUGGUGCUCCGCAAGGCAGCCCUGAAGCAGCUCCCAAAAAACAAGGUCCCCAGCAUGGCUGUGAUGAUCAAAGCCCUGACCAGGAGCAGCGCUGGUGCUGGUGCCGUGUUCCGGGACCCCACAGGGGAGAUGCAGGGCACCGUGCACCGGCUGCUGCUGGAGCAGAGGCAGAGCGAGCUCCGGGCCGGCUCCGUGCUGCUCCUGAGGCAGGUCGGGGUUUUCUCUCCCUCCCACCGCAACCACUACCUCAACGUGACCCCCACCAACCUCCUGAGGAUCUUCCCACCUGAGCCCGAGGGCUGCUCCCCCCGGCAGGUCCCUGCCCAGGCUGAGCUGGCCCCAGACCCCCGUGCAGAGCCCACCCAGGGUGUCCCUGCUCCUGAGCACUGGGGACAGUCAAGGACAAGUGGACACAGUGCAGAGCAGCAUCCUGGGGGCUUCUCCCUGUGCCCAUCGAGCUCUGAUCCCAGCUGGGAAGAGCCGGUGGGAGCUGAUGGAUGUGACAUGGAUGACCUGGACGGGCUCCUGGGAGAGCUGCCUGAGGAUUUCUUCUCAGCCCCAGCUCAGGUCGACUGUGGCUGAGCCCAGCAGAGGGUGACAGUGCCGAGGAGUGGUGACACACCUGCCACCCACCCACCUGCUCCUCCCUCUGCGUGUCCGGGGUGUUUGUGGUGGAGCCGAGAGCUGGGGAGGCCCGGGGGGAAGCGGCCUCAGCACUGCCCCCAAUCCUGGGGCACACGGGCCCCUCUCGCUCCCAAACCUGCAUUAAAGGGCUGUUUUGUUUCUGCA